AUGUUUCAAAAGUUUAGGGGAAAUUUUCUGCUAAUCUUUGCCUUGAUAUGUGUUGUCCAAGCCUCAUUUAAGCCCAUAGCUGAGAAACUGGAAAUGAUAGAAAAAUCGAAAUACACGGAGGUGAAACCGUGUGACUAUUUCUUUGGUCAUGCCUGUUGGAAGUGGAAGGACAACUAUGGCACAGAAAAUUAUUCUAGCAUGAAGAAAAUGGUUGCAUAUAAUUUCAAUACUCAAUUAAAGGAGUUAUUGGGCAAGGAGUUGAAGAAAGAAGAGUCUACAGAGAGUGCCUUUGUUAAAAUGAAAGCCUAUUACAAGUCGUGCGCUGUUAAAAACUCUAAGCUGGAGUAUGCAAAAUACAUCAAACUAAAAGCUGGCUUGGAGUGGCCCUUCAUGCAGGAAAUCACCAAUGGCAGGGGAAAAGUGAAAUGGUCGCACCCUGACUUUGAUUUAUUCGAACUAUUGGGAGAGCUGCACUUAUAUGGCUUCAAUGAUGUGCUUACCAAUAUUGUGGCCACUCGUUUGGCCAAUGAGACCCUGCAAAUUCAUUUCAAUUUACCUAAUGCCGAAAACUGCUGCAACGACGGGGAUCUCUUCUAUACACUGCGUGAAUUUAGAGAAAAUUAUGAGGUGUAUAGCACACAAUUCCUAGAGACUGGACGUUUUUGGCGAAGGGCUUACGAAAACUGUUCACUUAGGGAAUAUCAUAAAAAUCAAGAAUUCCUGACAUUUGCCCAACUGAAGCAUGCAUAUCCCAAUCUUUGGAGACUUUUGGAGGCCAUGCUGGGAACCGGCAUCACCCAUAAUGAUGAGAUAUACAUUAACAAUGUCUGCUAUUACCGAUUUCUCAAUGCUUAUAAGGUGCCAGAGUCCGACAGCCAACAUUUAGCCAAUUAUCUGCUGUUUCAUUUCUUGGAUUAUGCUUCGAAAGAGCCUCAGACGGAUUGCAUUGAGGAAUUGAAAAACAAAAUGCCUUUGGCCUUGAACUUUUUCUACAUACAAGAAAACAUGACCAUGGCCCAGAAAGAAGAGCUGCAGUUCUAUUUAAAUGAUAUGAGUGAGAAAUUGAAAAAAUAUUUCCUUAUUACCUUGGAAGAGAACUUUAUGCGCUUGCAACCCUCACAAAUUGCAAAGCUCAAAGAAAAAUUAUCGCUGGUCACUAUAAAUAUGGGAAAGUUGCCCAAAAACGUUCAAAAUAUGGAGGAAAUUAAUGAUUUAUUUGAGCUUGUCGAUGAUUUGGAUGAAAACGAUUUUCCCAAAAAUCAUUUGAAACUGCUAAGGCAUCGCUUAUACUACACCCUAAUGUAUUCGGAAUAUCAAAAUAUGGACUUUGUGGAAUCCAUGAGCUAUGAUAUGCCAAACAAUGUGAUUUACAUACCAUUUUCCCAUUUGCAGGCCCCCUUUUACGAUCCCAACUAUGAUGAAAUUUUCACAUACUCCUCUUUGCUUUAUCUAAUGAGUGUGGAAUUGGCCAACUCCAUUACAGGGCCAGGCUUGCAGGGUAAUGCUGCUAGUAGCAGCCAGUUCGAGGGUAUUUUAAAUCAUUUGAGGUACAAAAACUUCCAGGAAUGUCUGCAAAGUCAAAAUGGUGCUGACAAUGAAAAUCUUACUAAGGAUAGUAUUGCAGAAACCAUUGGCCUGCGGGUAGCCUUUCGUGCCUAUUUGGAGGAGUAUCAGAAAUUCCUGCAACCCUAUUCAACUUCUAUACCAUGGAAUCAAUUGUUCUUCCUAAAUGUGGCUCAAAUCUACUGUGGCGAUGGCGGUGUGGAUUUUAAGAACAUACAUCAGGCCCUUAUAAAUUCAGAAGAUUUUGCCAAAGCUUUUGAUUGUCCUCCUGAGAGUCGCAUGAAUCCAGGGAGGAAAUGUCGUUUGUAUUAA